AUGGGAAACUCGCAGGGUUUGCUCCCGGGCUCAAAGUGUUGCUUGGGAGCGGGACAGGAGAACGAAAGCGAAAUGCCAGGAGGCAUGUCAUUCCUCAGAUCCUCGGAGGUGAAUUUUGAGGCACAAGCUGUUGGCUCUCAUACCAGCUGCCUGUCCUGGCGGUUAGGUCCAGACAGCGCCUUCAGCAUCGAAUUGGAGCAGCUACAAGACUUGCACGCACAGAUCAAUACUCACCUCACCGUCUUUCGAGCCGUGUUGCUUUUCGACGAUGCCACCAGUGGUCUGAUUAUGGGCAAUGGUGUGGAGGAUGCUGGAAUGAAUGCCCCAGAUUCCAUGACCCGCUUGGGUCAGUUGCUGUGUAGGUGGGCGCUGUCACAAUCUCCAGCCAUAGGUAUCCUCGUGGGCGUAGACCACGGUGUUCUGUAUAGCGUUCAGGGUUUGCUGUCUUUUCCGAGUGGCAACGAGAGCCCCGCCUACUUCGGGCCAGUGAGUGCAGGCGCCAGACAUUUAGCUGACACCUCCAGGCAAGAGGGGAUGGUGCACAUCUCCACUUCUGCCAAGGAGCAGCUGAGCGCCCUAAGGUUUCUACCGCUGGUGCUCGGAAGCCAGAAUACCUUCUACCUGGAUGCUUUCACAGAGGUCAUCGACCAUGCUGCCGCAGGUCGCACGGGGGCGCGGCCCCUGGUGAGCAGCAUGGAAUUCGCCCAGGGAGAAGGCAGGGGGAAACGCAUGUCUUUUGAGAAGUUUAAGGAACUGUUGCAAAGCCACAACGUGGACUUGUCCAAAUUCGGCAAGGGAAAUGCCAAGUCGUUGCAUCAAUUCUACACCGCCGCAGUGCGAGACGAAAAGUGUUUCCUGCAGUUGAAGGAUCAUGCCCUGCAUCGCUUCGUAGAAUUGGUCAGAAUUCAUUUGCGUUUUCGCUCCGCCGAAGGUAAACUCCAUGAGUUGAAAAUCAACACAGAGAUGACAGAUGAGGGCCGAGAGCGAGAACGGAAUCAGUUGCUGGCAAUGGUCAUGCGGCUGCAAGAUUCCGGGAAUUGGCGAGCUGCAUUGGAGCGGUGUUUCGAAACGAAGUUCGGAAUCCCCGUCGAAGCCCAGGCAGGCCUCUUCCACAUCGCGACAGAUGUCGCCCGGCGGCACCCCAUUUGCUUGGAUAUGGCACCAGAGCCAGAAGCAGAUCAGAUGCAAGAAGAGGAGGUAUUGGCCUGUGCUUUUCAAUCCUGGUUUCAUUUGUUUCUUGGCCGCUUUGGCCUUGGAUUUUCAUGGAGUUUCGGUGACACCAAGUUCAAAGACCUGACUUUCAAGAGUGAGAUCAUCCCCCUGCCGGAAGACUUUGUUCGCUACUUGUUGGCGGAUGGCAUUCAUGUUCCAAGCAAAACAAAGUCCUCAGCGCCACCGGGUGCGAUGGAGGAUGAUGCGGCCAGCAAUGGAAGUUGGGGAUCAGGAGGCGACUCUGAAGAUGACCCAGAAGCCACCUUCGACUUUCCGGAGCUGGAGGAGGAAGUACGAUCGGCCAUUCAGCGAUUGAAUGGAAAGGUGCUGCCAAAGCUGAACUGGAGUGCGCCCAAGGAUGCUCAUUGGAUACACGGGACCCUGAAGUGCACAUCGCCCAGCGAUGUCUUCACCCUGCUCAAGGCAUCAGAUUUCGUAUCGCACGAUCUGUGUAACGCCUUUGACCACUGCAACUGCUCUCGCAAGCGACCAGAAGCAUUCACCCUGGUCUUGCGACGGUGGCACUCGCUGCAUGAGUCAAGUGAAUUUCGAGUCUUUGUACGAGAUGAUCAUUUGAUUGCCAUCAGCCAGCGACAAACCUCUGGUUUUUUUGAGCACUUGCUUCAAGAGGAGGAACAAGAAGCUAUAAGAAAUGCGAUCUCAACAUUCUUCGAAGACAAGGUACGUGGUCGUUUUCCUUUGAGCCGCUUUGCCUUCGAUGUCUACGUGGAUAUCCCUCCGCGGCGUCGCGUUUGGCUGGUGGACUUCUCCCCAUGGGGUGCCAGCACUGAGCCCUGCCUCUUUGAGUGGUCAGAACUUGGGCGAUUGAGCCCUGGACCCUUGCUGCGAGUGGUGCGAGACCAAAUGGAGUGCCAUGGAAAGCUGGAGAAUUUCCAUCAGAUCCCUUUGGAGCUGGCAGAGCUGAAUUCCCAGGAAGGUCUGAAUGAACUCUUGGAGAAGGCUAGUUGUGAGGAAGCUGCGAUGGGCCUACGAAAGCCGAGCGAGUCUUGGCACAGAAGGAACAAUCCUGAGCCGCACGAAGAUCGUGCUACCAGCAGUGCGGUGCCAGUGUGCAUUGAUGGAAAGGAGGGGAGGGGCAGAUGUCACAGACAAGUACUCGGGGCGCCUACAGACGCAUACAAAUAUGAGGAGUACAGUGCCGAUUCCCAAACCAUUCCUGGCAUCGUCAGCACCUACAAGACCCACAUCGUCUUUGUCACGGUGAAGGACCGGACCCGCACAGAGCUUCAGACCAUGGGUUUGCCCGACGGCAAGGAAUUCAAGACGCAAGACGGCAAGACCCAGUGGGUUUGGGCGCAAGUGGUGAACAGCAAGGAGGAUGAGUUGAUGCAGCUGCUUCAAAAGAACUGCAUCGACAUCUCAGAGUUCACAUGGCAAAGCUUUGUGGAGCUGUACACAGAGGUUUAUGAGGACUCCCUUUCGACCAUUGAAGUAGUAGAUGAUCAACUGGUUCGAAAAGUGCGAAUUGUCAAGAUCUGGCUGGAAGCCAACGUAUGGAAUGAGAAGCAUGUUCUGGUCAUCAAGACCAAGCAACAACGGGGCCGGACGCAGAACGUGCGGAAACUCCGCACUUUGUCCAUGCGAAUGAGGGCCUUGCAGAACUGGACUGAAGCAGUCUCAGAGGCCUUGUUUCUGCGGCUGGGGAUUUCGCAGCAGCAGCAGAGGGAAGCAUUGCACACCUAUCUGUUGGAGACACGUGAGGAGGUCGAGUUUUCUGUGAGCUUCCCUGGCCUCAAGACGGUGUACAGCAUCUGUGAGGUUCAAUGUGAGAUUCUGAAUCCACAGGACCAGCGUUGGCAAUACAUUGGUCUACCAGCGGCCACGGAUUUCACUUUCUCCCGCCAGGAGCCGAUUUCGAACACUGGGGAGUUUGACACAGUCAUCACUAGGUGGGGCUGGACGAAUAGCGAUGAAAUGGAGCACAAGUUGGAGUUGGGGGGGCCGAAAGGACUCAAGAAGCCCUGUCCCUUCGAUGGGGCCGCAAAGUCAACUGACUCCCUGGAAUCAGUGGACAUUUCAAGGAAGAAGGUCGUGCCUCCAGACCCCUUGCCAGUGAGUGCCAGCCUUGGAUGGGAUGUGUGGCUCCAAAAUGGAUACAGCAUACGGAUCUCCUUUCCCAGCUGCAGUGAUAGCUCCACAUUCCUGGCUGACCCAGGUGGAAAAGAUGAGCUGCUCAUCAUGCGGGCGCGGGACCCUGUAGUUUUGGUCUCCAUUUGCAGUGUGGUGUGCGUAUUGCCUGCUCACUGCUUGCACAGCCUACGAAUGUAG